AUGACUGCCCGCGCCCUCGACCCUUCUGAAAUCAUGCGUCCCAUGUCGGAUGCCGUCCCCUCCGUCGUCGCGUCGUCAGACAUCCUCGGCACCGGUGGUGUGCCGCCCAUGCAGUACCUGCAGGAGGCUGCGUUGCGUGGUGUGCAAGCGAGAGACCCCCAGGACAACGUCAGGCAGUUCCUCGACUUCCAACAGUGCAGCGCCAACGAGGUCCCGCCGACGCCCCCCUUCGAGAUUCUGGCCUCGAUGAAGGCGCCAAAGGAGGGCCUACGCGCACUUCCCAAACUCGCCAUCCCAGGCAAGUCACCUCUGCGGCCCGAGUCCUCAAGGGCCACGAGCGUGCCACCACCGUCAGUCCCUCAGUCAGCGCAGCGACACUCGUCGUCGUCGUCGUCGUCGCAGGAGCACGCCUUCGUGCCUUAUCGCAUGGACAAGGCCGAACCUCUCUCUCCGGAUCUGAUGACACCCACCAACCCGUACCGCUUCGGUACCCCCUUCUCUGAGAUGGAUGUCCCCGUCACAGCCGUUCCCGUCGAUCACGUUGAGCGUAACGUCUCUCAGUCCGUGCCCCCUGACAUGAACUACCAUACCAUUUCCUCCUCCAACCCACCUCCUGCACGAGCCAUGACCCAAUCCCGCGCCUCCGCUCGCCGUCCCUCAUUCCCCGUGCUCCCGGCUCUGGACGAGAACACCGCCACCCCGGUGGUGCGCACCUCCCCCGUCCGUACCUCCCCCGUCCGCGGCUCACCACAACGGGCCUCCGUCAAGGCCCCUCCCCGCGUUGCCUACCCCUGGUCUCCCGCCACUGAAGGCCGUACUUUCGAGCAGGCCAUCCCGCCCUCGGUGCCCGUCCGCGAGGCCGCCGCCGCCUCAGCGACCUCGAUCGUUGAGACGCCCCUGACUGCCACGACCCUCGACAGUGGCAUCUCCUACCAGGGACCCAUGAAGAAGCGCAAGACGCGCAUGCUCCGUCACGAGUGGAACGACGGCUACUUCACCCUCAAGGGAACGCGCCUUGCCAUGCACAAGGACGCCGUGCACCUCGAGCGGGCUCUCGAAUAUGUUGACAUUGAUGACUACGCUAUUGCGUGCUCGUCGCUCGCGAGCCAGAGCAAGUUGAGCGCCGCGUUCAAGCGCGUGCAUCUCCACUCUGGCAGUCGCGAUCUAGAUAGCGUUGGUGCCUUUGCGUUUCAGCUCAUCCCACAGGAUAAGAAUGGAAACGGCGUCACGACGAAGCUGAGGAAGAGGGAGUCGGGGUUCUCUUUCAGCGGUGCCACUGUGCCUGCUGAGGGCGUUAACGGAACCGGCAAGACGCAUCACUUCGCGGUGCGCAACCGGGAUGAGAGGAUCGACUGGAUGAGAGAGCUCAUGCUCGCCAAGGCGCUGAGGCAGAAGGGACAGGGCUUUGAAGUGAGCGUUAAUGGGAACAUGAUUUAG